AUGGAUAAAAAGCGGCGUCAAAAGACACAUAGUAAAUCGCGUUGGCAGUAUCUAAGAAAUGUUAUUAUGGAUAACGAGGACGACUGCUCCAGAAAGCCUAAGUUCAAUACUACUACAUCAACAUGGAUAACAGAUAAAGGCUUUUCAAGUGGUGAUCUCAACCUUAAUCAUGAUUUCCUUGGCAUUAAGUUCAAAGUUCCUCGUGAAUCAUUGGGCGAAAUCAACCCAAACAUUAAAAUUCGCAUUAAUAACAAACCRCUGUAUGAACCAUCCCUUGAAGGUAACGAUCAUCGGGUCUUUGACGUCAUCCAGGUCUUUCCCAAAGAAUUUGAAUUUUCACCCCCCGCAGAGAUGACCUUACGGUUACCAARCUGCGUUCAUAAGAAAUCMGCUGGCCAAGUAAUCUGCAUGUUCGGGAAUUCCUAUGGAAUGAAGAAUGACACUCGGUUUUUGAAAUGGGGGAGACUGAGCUCUAAUCUACUUAUUGUGAACAACCAAAGGACGGAAGCUAAGGUGAUUUGUAAAUUUACGGGAUUUUAUACCUUAGUACUGACACAGUGUCCUGAAUUAACAGCAAAGAUCUGCCCCGAGAGGGGUUUAGCUUUCAACCUUCAUGAAAUCUCGGGAAUUAGGUUAUCCUAUGGUCAGAAUACGGUCGAAACUGAUACCAAAAUCACCCUGAAAGUCGUCCGCUURGAGGAUUUGUACAGUUCACCUUCGGCAAGCCCGAUGUCGCUUAACCCCAGGCGAAGAUUUCCGAUUGAAUACCGAAACGAAACGAACGACGAAAUGAUGGACGUAACCGGAAGUCCUGUCAUUCUUAUUCGACCAAUCAGAACGAGGUUUUGUAAACCUGUCAGGUUGUCCUUGCCCUUAUUAGGAGAUGAGUUUGAGGGUUUUUUUGAUAAAGAAAGUAGUCGUCUUGUGGUUAUGAAGAGCAGAGAGCUGGAAGAGGACGCCAUCCUCUGGCAUCACCAUUAUAGUACUCCUGAGGUUGAAAUAAACUCUGACAACAAGAAAGUCGCAACGUUCCUGGUCACCAGCGGCGGCCUAUUCAAAGUGGUCAGACGUUUCCCCAACAAGCACAUGCGCUUUAUUGAGCAGGUGUCGUCACGCAUCUCUCGUGAAUUGUGUCACGAUACCUCACCUGAUGUCAUGGUCACGCUAGUACUAAAAGGUUUCAUUACAGAAAUAGCUGAGCCUGGMAAACAAUUUGUUUUGCGGAUUUGCCUCUUAGACUCGUCACAACCUAAGAAUCCAGAUACUUGCUUUCWUUACGAGGUUUGCUCCCAGUCCCUCAGAGUACCCUUAGGUAAAGUCCGCUGUCUUGUUCGCGGACGUUUUGAGCCUGAUAGAGAUGCCACUGACCACUCAGAGGAAAGAACUGUGAUGUUCACAGGAAAGACARCCUUUGUGGAUUUUCAUUUAAAACUWCGGCUUAGYGACCCAACAAAGUUGCCUGAACACAUUGGAAAAGUCACGAUUCACUCUACAUCAGAUUUGCAAUACUUUGUCAACUUACAUAAGCCUGUACCGAUUCCAAAAGAAGCUUUAGAUAACGAAAAUGCUUCCAAAACGAGAAAGCUUCGCUUCAGCGAGAGGCGAACGAUACGACGUAGGAACACUGUGUCGACUUACUCGUCCGGCUCGAUCAAAGAGACGACUUUUGAGGAGAAUGAGGAAGAAGAAGUGAACUWCCCCAUAAGGCGAGAGAAAAUAAGACCAUCCAGUUUAAAAAGUCUUGGCGACGUUGCCUUAGCCAUCACCCAAGAUAUGUCAUGGAUAAAAGUACAGCCGGCAUCAAACAACACCAAAAGGCCAAAUAAUGAUAUUGAAACACAGAUUGGCAUUGAAACUAUACAGAUAGAUGAAAAUAGGUCAGCGUCUGCACAUUUCAAGUCAAGCGCAAGCUCGAGUCGCUCGUCUAUCACAUCUAGAAAUCGUGAUGACGUCAAUGAGCAGUGCGGUGAUAACGAAGAUGAUUUGUCAGAACACACAAGCGACGUCACUAGUGAAUCAUCUCAGACAAAUCGAGRCGAUGUAAAUGAAGAGUUUGAAGAGCGUAGCGAUGAUUGGUCAGAAGAUAGUGACGACACAAGUGACGUACAAGAUGCGUCUUCUAGUCAUCAAGAAUACGAAAAUGAUUGGUCAGAAGMCAGUGACGUAACACUUGAGGAAUAUAAAAACCAUAAAGAUGACAAGAAUAAUAAUCGAGGGGUAUGAUGAUUGGUCAACAAAUGAUGACGUCACACUGAAUGGACCAAUCGAGAAAGAACACUAUGAAAAGAACAACUUUGACUCAGAAGAAGCGGAAAACUUUGAAGAUAAUUCGUCUCGAAGGAAAUCGAGAUCAGAGGACUCUAUUUCAAACAAUUUCUUACCAUUCCAAGAAAAUGAUAACAAAACUCGCGAGAGCCCAUCAGAUAGCAAUCAUCAAGAGUAUAAAACCACGGGRAAAGCACGGUCUCACUUAGUAGCACGAACCAAUGGAGCUAUUUUACUUUGAGCAAACUAACCGUUGAAAAGUCCAAAAAGACAAAAUUCCGCUUAUACUCUAGUUAUUUUAUGAUAAGUAUAUUUUUAACCGUGUGCUUUGAUUGGAUAAAACGAAUUUGUUUUUUUAUCACAUCCUUCUCUAAUCUCGCUGACUUGUUUAUGACGCGCACUUUAGAUUGGAUGAGAAACGCAAUUUAUUGUGCGCCCUUUGUUGAAUGAAAAUACCUACUCAAUCUUUAAAAAAAUAUAUAGCUCACUACAAAAAAAAAGCACAGCUUUUCAUUUCAUUUAAAAGUGGAGCAAAGAAAUAUAAACUCCAGUGGGCGGAAAGUUACUAAUAAUUGAGAAGAAAUUGGGUAUUUUUAACCACCAAUUUCCCAAAAACAUAAUUUUCCCACUUCAUUAAACAAGUGGAGUAAUGAAAUGUAAAAGAAAAUGAAAGUAAGGGGGCAACCGGGAUUGAACCGGUGACCUCUCGAUCUGCAGUCGAAUGCUCUACCACUGAGCUAUACCCCCAAACGUUGAAUGUUUUGGUUAAUAUAAUCAUAUUUAAACAGGUGGCUACACCUGUAAUUUCAACCUCAUUUAUUUUCMUUUUGGUUAAAAGACAACGACUGGUUGUCUGAUUUGGUUUUCUAUUUUUCUAGUACAUAAAACAUACGGAUUUCUUUUAAAAUUGAGUUUAKCUUUACGAAGGAGCUAUAAAUCAAAGCUUCGUUGGCAGUGAACUUGUAAAUUUUGUGAAUUAAAUUUUUAUUGGAUAA